AGAGCGAGACAUUGAAAUGGAUCUGAUAUUUUAACUGAAAAAAACAUCUGUACAAUUGUCAUUUUACAACGGAAGUUUUAAGAUGGGGAAAAGGGCACAGCUACAAGAAAUGUCUGACGAUUCAGAUGAUGGACCAAAAACGAAAUCCAAAAUUGUCAAAGAAUUUGUUACCAAGAACUUUGACCCUGAUAAGUUGAUUGACAGAUCUCAGUCAGAUGCCAGCUUCGUCAAGUUCCACUCCACAAGUUCUGUGUCAGGGAGCAGAAAGUUCACAAGCUCCAGAACAGAGAGGAAGGAACAGUCAUCCAAAGUCUCCGAAAGCUCCAAAGUCUUCUUCGAUCUCUCCAGCAUUGAGUCGGAAGAAAAUGAAUCGGGAAGCUACUCCAAGAAAGAAAAAAGAAACUCGGUUGAUAUGUUAGAAACCAUCGCUCAGGAUGAAAAUUCAACAAUCUGUAACCACAAUUCUAAAGAGUCUUUAUUGUCAGCCUCAGAAAGCAGGUUUUCGUCUGAUGAUCUGGAGAGCCUUGUGUCUACUGAGGAUAGGAUUGAACCCGAACUUUGCUGUGUGCAGUACUGUGAUAAGUACCCACUGAUCCUCUCAACAGUGACAGACUCUGACACAAGUCGGCUCAACCAGACCAAUGUGAAAGUCAGUUACCAAAAAUUGUCACAAGAACUAGAAAAUCACAUCAAACCACUGAGGGCUGCUAAACUUAGGCAUGAAGUUAGGCAUUUAGACAGGAUAAAGAAUGUUUUAGUGGAGGCAUGGCAGGUUCCCAUGUUUGGAAGGGACAUUGCGUAUCGUCUUUGUGAUGCUUUAAGGAGUGAAGGCAUAUUGGACAUGCUGAUAGUAAACUGCAACUCAAAUAACAAGGACCUUUUGAAGGCAUCAGCCUCUGUGUUAGAACAGUGUCUUUCCUGGGAGAAUCGAAAUCAUGUUGCGAAAACGGGACUCGAAAUAGUUGUAACAAUGACCAAAAGAGAAAUCGCCAAUCAUGAGAUGUCUUACAUUAUCACAGGAAUUUUAGAAGGAUUGUUCAAAAUUUCUGAGGAGGCUUCCACAAAAAUCAUUAACUUUGGAGGUUUGGAUGUCAUUUUACAUUGGUCAAGGUCGAGUGACAUUAGAAAUCUCAGGCACUGUGCUAAAGCCUUAGCCAAUCUGUCAUUGUUUGGAGGAGCUGAAAACCAGGAAGAGAUGGCCAAGAGAAAUGUCCCAGAAUGGUUAUUUCCUUUGGCUUUCAUGGAAGACGAUACCAUUAAGUACUAUGCAUGUCUGGCCAUUGUUGUCUUACUGGCAAAUAAAGAACUAGAGGCUGCAGUGAUAAAGUCAGGCACCUUAGAAUUAGUGAUGCCCUUCAUUAACUCCACAAAGCCCUCUUCAUUUGCCAAAAGUGAUGCCUCUCAGCAACAGGGGAAGGACCACAUGUGGUUAGAGAGACUGGUUCCUCUUCUUCUAAGCAGGAAAGAAGAGGCUCAGAGCCUUGCUGCUUUCCAUUUUGCAAUGGAAGCAGGGAUCAAAGAAGAACAAGGAAAACUUGAUCUCUUUUAUGAAAUUGGUGCAAUAGAACCUCUGAAGAAAGUUGCCAGUAGUCCCAAUGCCACAGCUUCCAAACUUGCCGCCCAGGCUCUAAAAGUCAUAGGGGAGAGCAUCCCCCACAAGUUAACCACACAAGUCCCUGUCUGGAACGUGGUGGAUGUCAUGCACUGGGUGGCACAGGUGGGGUUUAAGGAAUAUGUACAGAACUUUAAGGACUGCCAGGUUGAUGGGGAUUUACUGCUUUUAUUGACCGAGCAGGAGUUAGAGAGCAGUAUUAAAAUUGAAUGCAAAAUUGCCAGAAAAAGAUUUUUACGAGAAUUAAAGUCUUUAAAGAUCACAGCUGACUAUUCUUCAUGUGAUCCAUCUCAGAUGGAUGCUUGGCUUAUGAAAGUUCUCCCUGAUCUGUCUCAGUAUACCUACGAAAUGCUCAAAGCCGGCAUGAACAAAGAGGUCUUGGCCUCCACGAACAACGAAGAAUUAGAAGGAGUGUGCGGAAUCAAAAAUGGCAUUCAUCGUCGUCUCAUCUUAGAACAUGUAGAAGAUUUAUACACAGCUAUACCUUUACCUAAGUAUGGCAGUAUAGGCAGCCUGACCAGGCAGAAGAGUAUAGAUCCUACAGGAUUUGCAUCCUACCCAAAGGCAGUGGAUGUGUUCAUCAGUUACAGGAGGUCAAACGGAUCUCAACUAGCCAGCUUACUAAAGGUUCAUUUACAACUUCGAGGAUUUUCCGUGUUUCUAGAUAUUGACAGACUUCGUGCUGGAAAGUUUGAUGAAAAUCUGUUGAUGAAUAUUCGAUUAGCUAAACAUUUUCUCUUAGUUCUGACCCCAAGUGCCUUGGAUAGAUGUAUCGGUGACGACGAACAACAAGACUGGAUUCAUAAGGAGAUCGUGACAGCCUUGGAUAGUGACUGUAAUAUUAUCCCUGUGCUGGACAAUUUUGAUUGGCCGCUGCCCGAGGUACUGCCCAGUGACAUGCAGCAGGUCGUGUAUUUCAACGGAGUCAGAUGGGUGCACGAUUACCAGGAUGCUUGUGUAGAUAAGGUGGAGAAGUUUUUGACGGGGGAGAAAUCUCCAAUACAGAAAACCCUCCCUCCUCUGCCCCCAUCUAGCAGUCACAACUCCGAGAGAAAUUCUCCCCGUAAUUCAAUGGACCGCCUAGAAAGUCACCGGAACUCUUUUGACAGACUAUUGGGUGCUAAUGGAACCACAUUUCCUUAAAUUAGUAUUUGAAAUGUAUAGCAUUGUUAUUAGUGGCUAUUUUAAUUUGAUUCAGUUAUUUUGUGUCUCCAAGUGCUCCUUAUUAUUUGACCACUAUUUUUAAGCUUCUUAUUACAAGAAGUUUUGUAGAAACCUCCUUUAUGGUUUUUUUUUUACGAUUGGUGGAUAUAUACUUUUUAGCAAGUCUGUUGGCAGGCUAGAAUUCAAACUGAAAAAUGUUCUUUUUUAGUUACUUCAUUGUUAUUUACAACUGUAACUAUGCAAUCUUGUAUAUCUAUACAUGUACAUAUAUUUUAUUGAAUCACCACCUUUUAUUAGCUGUACAGAUGAUUUUAAAAAAAUUGGUCAAAAUCAUUCUUAUAUACAGAGUGGAUUGCUAUUUUUAUGAUGUUAUUUGAUGUUUUCAUUUGCUGGACAACUAUGUACACCGUUUAUGUUGUCUUUGAAAAUGAACUCAUCAAAUUUAAAUAAGCUACUGUCGAAUUGUGCAAUAAAUAUUGAGAAAUAAUAUAUUUUUACAAUCAUGUUCAUUGAGCUUUACUGGUAUCAUAUUGAAGUGUUCAUAGGCAGUUAAAUACUGUAGAAGCAAAAUUUUUUAUGGGGAUAAAAUUCCUUUGUUUUAUUGUAUACAAAAAAUUUUGGGGGCAUUAAAUUUGGUUGUUUUGAAAGUAAAAAUUAUAUUCAAUAAUUAUAUAGGUGUAUAAAAAUUUUGUAUGAUAAUUAAUCUCAAUGACAGUUGAUAAUGAAAGAAACAAACUUUAAUACACAUGAAAUAUUUUGGCUUUUAUAGUAUAAACAUUCAAUAAAAAUUUUACUGAAUUUAUACUUACCGGUAGAUUUGGUGGCAUUAUUUGGAAUUAAAAAAAAAUAUAUAAAUUAUGUUUUAUUUGAUAUAGUUAUUAGGAUUUUUUUCAGGACAUCCUAUGGUUGUACUUGGAGGUGAUGAGGUGGUAAAAAAAAUGCAUAGUUAAAUUUUUACCACAAUUAUUCUUCCUGUUGCUACAUUUAUACUUUCUGUUAGCAAAUUUAUUUUUCAUUUUACCUCAUGUAUACCUCCCAUUACCUUACCACAUUUAUUCAUAUACUUUCGUUUACUUGAUUUUAUUUUCAGAAUCUGUUACCACUCACACUUCCUGUUACCACACUCAUACUUCCUGUUACCACACCUAUACUUCCUGUUACCACAUUCACACUUCCUGUUACCACUUUUAUACUUCUUAGUUGUAUUUAAAUCUGUUAAAUCCUUAAGUCAGUCUGAUUAUACACUGUGUUUUGCAGUACCCAUGAACAUUUGCAUUAUAAUGCAUCUUUUGCACAUAGAAAAAAUCUGCUUCCUACAUUUAGAAAAAUAUGAUAGACUACUACCUCUUUGUUUAUAUAUGUACUGUCUUGUUUAUCUUUUGGUUUUUUGAUUUUUCAAAAGAGGCAAACAAUGACAAAUGAAAAGAUAUUGAUGGUAGCAUUACUGUGGUAAAAAAAAGAAAUGUGAAUUCAUGCAUGAUAUUGGAUUUAUCAAUGAUCAAGGAUGGCAUUGUCACACUGCCAGUUGUCCUGAGUUAAAAAUAUAAAUCAAGUCUAGAGUUUCAAAGAGUUUUGAGAUGCAGUUUUAUUUUCAUUUCAUUUCAUCGAAAUAAGUCUUCCUCAGAAAAUGCACAUUGGACUGUUAACACAUUGUACAUAUUUCUUUUUAGCUUUUAAAGCAUAUAUUAUGUUUUUUCUGGUGAUAUUUUGACUUUGUAUUUCUGCUUGAAUUUUUCAGUUUAAAGUGAAGUUUUAUUUUUAUUUUUGUUUUUGUUUGGGAGUUUAAAUUUAUUAAUUUAAAUGAAAAAUGUGUUUAGAUGUUUAUAAUUUCUGUGAUUUACUUUAGUGAUGUAACAUUAAGCAUAUUAGAAAAGAAUUGUUGAUUUGAUUUUCUAACACCAGAGUGCAGAUUAAGAUGGAUUACUUAUGUAAUUAAUUUUAUUGAUUUCAGUUUUAGUAAAAUCCCAAAUAAGUUGAGAAUUUUAAAUCUUUUUAGUGUGCAUUUAUCUUUCUUUUCUACGGUAUAUAAUUAUACAACAAUGUUAUUAAAUUAAAGCUUGUUUGAUUUUAAAGCAAAUAGUUUGCUCUCUGAUGAAGAAAUUUUUAAGAG